AUGCGCGGGGGAACGAACGCUAUAGAAUCGCGCAAAGCUGCACGGAUUUCGGUAGUAUUUUUCAAUUUGCUUUUCGUCGUCUCUCUUGCGAUAUCGACUGGAGCUUGUGUCAAGGAUUACGCCGACCUUCUUCGUUCAGCGCGCUCGUUUCAUAACCUCAAAAGUGACACUGUCACUUUGACAUUAAACUCUGUAGAUAAAAUUGUGCAG